UUUCCGGGGAGCAGUUUGUUCCGUCUCCGACCACUGUAUCUCUGUAUUCCUUUCCGCGACGACGUGACGAGUGAUUAGACGACGAGAAGAUGAACAAAUUUCUGACGCUAAUACUUCUUGCUGCAUAUACUGCAGCAGGACCUACAGACGUACAGCCAUCUCAGAAUCUGAAUUGUGUGGAGCACGACAAUGCGUUCUUCAGCUGUAUGUUCGUGAAGACUAUCAGUGCUCUUAACAGAGCGACUCGAUCGAGCAACAUCGAAAUCAUCGAUGGUGUGACUUUCGUACGAGAUACCCCGAUGGAGCGCCUUAGCAGGAAUUUAGAAAUGAACGAAAAGGAAAUCAUGAAUGAACUACCACGCGAGAUCACCGAUAGAAUGAUAAAACUUUCCAUUAUGCUGUACGAUUCCGUUGUCUCUUUUAUGAAGAGCCAUAGUUUGAAAUUGGACAUGCCCGAAGGUUCAGUUUCUCGCGCCCUGACUGAAGGACGUGCCAAGAUCAAGAAACUAGUUCUGCCAUUGAUUGCUGCAGCAGGUCUCAAGGUCUUCGCACUUGCACCACUCUUGCUUUUUGGCUUAGGUCUGUUAACUGUGAAAGCUUUAAUCUUCGGUAAACUCGCCUUACUUGCUGCCGGCUACAUGAUAUUCCAGAAGCUUUUUAGUGGUAGCAAUGUGGGUGGUUUCUUUAAUAAAAAUCAAGUGCCUAUUUUGUAUGACCACGGCUCCUCUGGAGGUUGGGCCGUUGGAAGUGGGUCCCAGCAACAAGGAUACUAUAGAAACUUCGAUGCUAACGCCCAAAAUUUGGCGUAUUCUGCUCAUGCACCGACUGACAUACCGAUUGAACUUCAAAAAUAUUGAGACAUUUUUAUUAUAUCUGCCAUGGAGAAACUUAAAAGCCAUAUCCCACGGAGCCAAAAAACCUCCUCGAGGCCAUUGGACCCACCUACAAUUAGAUUAUAAUAUUUAUA